AUGGCUCGCUCCUCCUCCUGCUUCUCCAUGUCAAUGCACUUGCUUUUCCUGUACUUGUUGUCUCAGCCGAUUGGCGCGCAGCACAACCUCUCUCCUUCUGCGAAACCUCUUUGUCUCGAGGACGAAAUGUAUGCCCUGCUGCAGUUUAAAGAGAGAUACGAAAUCAACGAUGAUGCUUCCGAUGAUCCUCUCGCCCAUCCCAAGACUCUAUCCUGGAAUAACAGUCGGGAUUGCUGCUCCUGGGAUGGGAUCGAGUGCGACGAGAACACGGGCCAUGUGAUUGUUCUCGACCUGGGAAGUAGUCUUCUCUAUGGUUCUAUCGAUAACAACAGUACCCUCUUCCAGCUUGCUCAUCUUGAAAAGCUCAAUCUCAGCGACAAUCACUUCAACUACUCUCGAAUACCGUCCCGAGUCGGAGAUCUUUUGAGAUUGACUCAUCUAGAUUUCUCUGCUUCUGUUUUUUCUGGGCCGGUCUCAUCAGAAAUCCUCAAGCUUACAAGCUUGUUGUACCUUGACCUGAGUUUGAAUCGCGCUCCAGAUGGUCCCGCAGGUUUGUUAGAGAUGAAAGCACCAGGCUUGAGAAGCCUAGUUCAAAAUCUGACUAGCCUGGAAGUACUCCUUCUAGGGUACGUCAACAUCUCGUCCGAAGUGCCCAACACUCUGGCAAAUCUGUCUUCCCUAAGAUGGCUGAACAUGGAUGUGUGCGACCUGCACGGUGAAUUUCCGUCUGCCAUUUUCUAUUUACCGACGCUGCGACGUCUCAGGGUGGGUUUCAAUAGAGCUCUCACGGGACGAUUGCCUGACUUUAACUCGAGCAGUCCUCUUGAAGAGCUGCGAUUGUCUGGCUGGAGCUUUUCUGGAGAGCUACCCUCGUCAUUUGGAAUACUUCCUUCCUUGAGUUUUCUCGACGUAGCAUUUUGCGAAUUCUCAGGGUCCAUCCCGGCUUCAUUUGCUAAUCUUAGCAACCUCGAAUACCUGGAUGUCAGUGGGAACCCAUUCGCUGCCCAGUCCCUUUCCUCUUUGUCUUGGAUUUGGAAGAAAAAAAAGCUCGCCACUUUGGGUCUAAGAAUGAUCAAUUUAUAUGGCGAGAUCCCACCUUCAUUAGGAAAUUGUUCUCGGCUUGUGGAAUUAAGCUUACUUGGCAACCAAUUAAGCGGCGCCGUCCCGUCUCAGCUGAUGAACCUCACUCAGCUGACUAAUUUGUACCUCCGAAUGAAUCAACUGUCCGGCUCCAUACCGUCUUGGUUGAUGAACGUGACUGGACUUGCCGUGCUUGACCUUGCGAGCAAUAAAUUCCACGGCGAGGUACCUUCGUCAAUCUCUCAACUUCAAAAUCUCCAAGUUCUCCACCUUGCUGGAAACAAUUUUAGCGGUACUGUUGAACUAGACAAUUUUCUCAAGCUCAAACAAUUGGAAGUGCUCCACCUAUCAUCUAACAGGCUAUCAUGCCAUGCGAGUAGCGCGAAUGUUAUUCUUCCUCAGCUUUCAGUCCUGGGAUUGGCUUCAUGCAAUUUGAGCGAGUUUCCGGCAUUCUUACAAAAACAAGAGAGUAUGAAUUGGUUGGACCUGUCGAAUAACAACAUUAGGGGAGAAGUGCCCUUUUGGGUGUGGAGCGGCAGUUUUUCCAUGCAGUACCUGAAUCUCUCUCGUAACUUCUUAACUGGUCUAGCGAGAUAUCAUCCGAUCAAACCUUUGCUUAUGUACACGAUAGACCUAUCUCAUAACAUGUUGAAAGGACCACCCCCUGAAGCAACGUUGUCGAUACUGUCCUAUAUAGUAUCCAACAACAGCCUGACGGGACCAUUGCCACCAUGGAUCUGCAAUUUGAGUUCAGCAAUCACACUAGACUUGUCUUCUAACCAUUUGACUGGAGUGCUUCCGGUUUGCUUGGGCAAUAUCAGCAAAUCUCUCAUGAUACUGAACUUAAAAGGCAACAAUUUCCACGGAAGCAUUCCUGAGCUAUCGGUGAGGGGGACGCAACUGACUAUGAUCGAUUUGAGUGACAACCAGUUGCAAGGCAAUUUACCGAGGUCCUUGGCCCAUUGCAAAAUGCUCGAGUUCAUCAACUUUGCAAACAAUCUUAUCGUGGACACUUUCCCAUCAUGGUUAGGAUCUCUACCGGAGCUUCAUGUCCUUAUUUUGCGAUCCAAUAAAUUGCACGGUGUCAUAGAGAGGCCUAAAUCUAAUUCCACGUUCCUUAAGCUGCGGAUACUUGACCUCUCAAUUAAUGCAUUGGCCGGUAAGUUGCCCAUGGAAUUCUUUCAAUCUUGGGACGCCAUGAAAUCCAAGGCGGGAAACUUUAUGUACAUGCAACGAAACCUAUACCCGAAUCAGUACUUUAUCUUCACCUAUUAUGGCAAUUACGAUUUCUCCAUGACAGUGAUUUACAAAGGGCUUACAUUGUAUUACCCAAAGAUAUCGGAAGUCUUCACGGUCAUCGACCUCUCCAGCAAUUUGUUCGAAGGAGAGAUCCCGGGUGUCAUAGGUGAUCUCAAGGGACUGCAGGGGCUGAACCUUUCCAACAACUUUCUCAGUGGACACAUCCCACCAUUGCUAGGGAAUCUCACCGAACUUGAGUCAUUGGACCUUUCUCUUAACAAACUCUCGGGACAGAUCCCUCAAAAGCUAACGGAACUCGGGGAACUCGGGACUAUGUGGGGAAUUCGUAUCCAGGAAAUGCCAAGAUUCGGGGGAUAA